UGGCCGGGCCAGAGAGCUUGGAGGUGGGUGGGCCGAGCCGCUAGCCCGCCCGCGGGGUCCCCAUUGGUCGUUUGCGGGCCGCCCUCCGCCCGGAAGCCGGCGAGGAGCCGAAGGGCUGCUCCGGAGCCGGAGUGGGAGAGCCCGGUUGAGCAGACGCCGGGGCGGACGCACGAGAUCCGCGCUCCCGACUCGCUCCCUCCCUGCGCUCCUGCCGCCGCCCGGCUCGUAUCCGGCGCUGGCGCCUGCGGUCGGCCUCCAGCAGCGCUACGGAGGGACCCGGGCAGCUCCCGGGCGCCCGGGACUGGAAACUGAUGCAUGAGGAGCCCAUGGAGGCGCAGGAGCGGUGGUGAUGGUUUGGGAAGCGGAGCUGAAGUGCGCUGGGCUUUGGUGAGGCGUGACAGUUUAUCAUGACCGUGUUCAGGCAGGAAAACGUGGAUGAUUACUACGACACCGGCGAGGAACUUGGCAGCGGGCAGUUUGCAGUGGUGAAGAAAUGCCGCGAGAAGAGCACCGGUCUGCAGUAUGCCGCCAAAUUCAUCAAGAAAAGGAGGACAAAAUCCAGCCGCCGGGGCGUGAGCCGCGAGGACAUCGAGCGGGAGGUCAGCAUCCUGAAGGAGAUACAGCACCCCAACGUCAUUACCCUGCACGAGGUGUACGAGAACAAGACGGACGUCAUCCUGAUUUUGGAACUUGUUGCAGGCGGGGAGCUGUUUGACUUCUUAGCGGAAAAGGAAUCUUUGACUGAAGAGGAAGCAACCGAAUUUCUCAAACAAAUUCUUAAUGGUGUUUACUACCUGCACUCCCUUCAGAUUGCCCACUUUGAUCUCAAGCCCGAAAACAUAAUGCUUUUGGAUAGAAAUGUUCCCAAACCUCGGAUCAAGAUCAUCGACUUCGGGUUGGCCCAUAAAAUUGACUUUGGAAAUGAAUUCAAAAACAUAUUUGGGACACCAGAAUUUGUUGCUCCUGAGAUAGUCAACUAUGAGCCUCUUGGUCUUGAGGCAGACAUGUGGAGUAUUGGGGUAAUCACCUAUAUUCUCUUAAGUGGGGCCUCGCCAUUUCUCGGAGACACUAAGCAAGAAACAUUAGCAAAUGUAUCCGCUGUCAACUAUGAAUUUGAGGAAGAAUACUUCAGUAAUACCAGUGCCCUAGCCAAAGAUUUCAUAAGAAGACUGCUUGUCAAGGAUCCAAAGAAGAGAAUGACAAUUCAAGAUAGUUUGCAGCACCCCUGGAUCAAGCCGAAAGAUACCCAACAAGCACUUAGUAGAAAAGCAUCAGCAGUAAACAUGGAGAAAUUCAAGAAGUUUGCAGCCCGGAAAAAAUGGAAACAAUCCGUUCGCUUGAUAUCACUGUGCCAAAGAUUAUCCAGGUCGUUCUUGUCCAGAAGUAACAUGAGUGUUGCCAGGAGCGAUGACACUCUGGACGAGGAAGACUCCUUUGUGAUGAAAGCCAUCAUCCAUGCCAUCAAUGAUGACAACGUCCCAGGCCUGCAGCAUCUCCUGGGCUCAUUGUCCAACUACGAUGUUAACCAACCCAACAAGCAUGGGACACCUCCGCUACUUAUUGCUGCGGGCUGUGGAAAUAUUCAGAUGCUGCAGUUGCUUAUUAAAAGAGGCUCAAGAAUUGAUGUCCAGGAUAAGGGUGGAUCAAAUGCCAUCUACUGGGCCUCUCGGCAUGGCCACGUAGAUACCUUGAAAUUUCUCCAUGAGAACAAAUGCCCUUUGGAUGUUAAAGACAAGUCUGGGGAGACAGCCCUUCACGUGGCAGCUCGCUACGGCCAUGCCGACGUGGUUCAGUUACUGUGCAACUUUGGCUCCAAUCCCAAUUUCCAGGACAAGGAAGAAGAAACCCCCCUGCACUGCGCUGCCUGGCAUGGCUAUUACUCUGUGGCCAAAGCCCUUUGUGAAGCUGGCUGCAACGUGAACGUUAAGAACCGAGAAGGGGAGACGCCCCUCCUGACAGCCUCUGCCAGGGGCUACCACGACAUCGUAGAGUGUCUGGCUGAACACGGAGCCGACCUUAAUGCCUCUGACAAGGAUGGACACAUCGCGCUUCAUCUUGCCGUAAGACGAUGUCAGAUGGAGGUCAUCCAGACUCUCAUCAGCCAGGGGUGUUUCGUCGAUUUCCAAGACAGGCACGGCAAUACCCCGCUCCAUGUAGCCUGCAAAGAUGGCAAUGUGCCUAUUGUGGUGGCCCUCUGUGAAGCCAAGUGCAAUUUGGAUAUCUCAAACAAGUAUGGACGAACACCUCUGCACCUUGCAGCCAACAACGGGAUUCUUGACGUGGUCCGCUACCUCUGCCUGACAGGCGCCAACGUGGAGGCGCUGACCUCGGAUGGAAAGACAGCGGAAGAUCUUGCUAGAUCGGAACAGCAUGAACAUGUAGCAGGUCUCCUUGCAAGACUUCGAAAGGAUACGCACCGAGGACUUUUCAUCCAGCAACUGCGCCCCACACAGAACCUGCAGCCGAGGAUCAAACUGAAGCUGUUCGGCCAUUCGGGCUCUGGGAAAACCACCCUGGUGGAGUCUCUCAAGUGUGGGCUGCUGAGGAGCUUCUUCCGACGACGCCGGCCCAGACUCUCCUCCACCAACUCCACCAGGUUUCCGCCUUCACCCCUGGCUUCCAAGCCGGCAGUCUCCGUGAGCAUCAACAACCUGUACCCGGGCUGCGAGAAUGUGAGCGUGAGGAGCCGCAGCAUGAUGUUCGAGCCGGGCCUCACCAAGGGGAUGCUGGAGGUGUUCGUGGCUCCGUCCCACCACCCGCACUGCUCCGCUGAUGACCAGUCCACUAAGGCCAUCGACAUCCAGAACGCCUACUUGAAUGGAGUUGGCGAGUUCAGUGUGUGGGAGUUCUCUGGAAAUCCUGUGUACUUCUGCUCUUAUGACUAUUUUGCUGCAAAUGACCCCACAUCAAUCCAUGUCAUCGUUUUUAGUCUAGAAGAGCCCUAUGAGAUCCAGCUGAAUCAAGUGAUUUUCUGGCUCAGUUUCCUGAAGUCUCUGGUGCCAGUUGAAGAGCCCAUAGCCUUCGGCGGCAAGCUGAAGAACCCGCUCCGAGUCGUGCUGGUGGCCACCCACGCCGACAUCAUGAACGUUCCCCGUCCGGCUGGAGGCGAGUUUGGAUAUGACAAAGACACGACAUUGUUGAAGGAGAUCAGAAACAGGUUUGGGAAUGAUCUGCACAUUUCCAAUAAGCUGUUUGUUCUGGAUGCUGGGGCUUCUGGGUCUAAGGACAUGAAAGUACUUCGAAAUCACCUGCAAGAAAUACGGAGCCAGAUUGUUUCAGUCUGCCCUCCGAUGACUCACCUGUGUGAGAAAAUCAUCUCCACGCUGCCUUCCUGGAGGAAGCUCAACGGGCCCAACCAGCUAAUGUCGUUGCAGCAGUUUGUGUAUGACGUGCAGGACCAGCUGAACCCCCUGGCCAGUGAGGAGGACCUCAGGUGCAUAGCCCAGCAGCUACACAGCGCCGGCGAGAUCAACAUCAUGCAGAGUGAAACAGUCCAGGACGUGCUGCUCCUGGACCCCCGCUGGCUCUGUACCAACGUCCUUGGGAAGCUGCUGUCCGUGGAGACCCCACGGGCCCUGCACCACUACCGGGGCCGCUAUACCGUGGAGGACGUCCAGCGCCUAGUGCCCGACAGUGAUGUGGAAGAGCUGCUGCAGAUUCUAGAUGCCAUGGACAUCUGCGCCCGGGACCUGAGCAGUGGGACCAUGGUGGACAUCCCCGCCCUGAUCAAGACAGACAACCUCCACCGCUCCUGGACAGACGAGGAGGAUGAGGUGAUGGUCUACGGCGGUGUACGCAUUGUCCCCGUGGAGCACCUCACCCCCUUCCCGUGUGGCAUCUUUCACAAGGUCCAGGUGAACCUAUGCCGGUGGAUCCACCAACAGAGCGCCGAGGGCGAUGCAGACAUUCGCCUGUGGGUGAGCGGCUGCAAGAUAGCCAAUCGCGGGGCCGAGGUUCUGGUGCUCCUGGUCAACCACGGCCAGGGCAUCGAGGUCCAGGUACGCGGGCUGGAGACAGAAAAGAUCAAGUGCUGCCUCCUGCUGGACUCGGUGUGCAGCACCAUCGAGAAUGUCAUGGCCACCACACUGCCAGGACUGUUGACUGUGAAGCAUUACCUGAGCCCCCAGCAGCUGAGGGAGCACCAUGAGCCUGUCAUGAUCUACCAGCCACGGGACUUCUUCCGGGCACAGACCCUGAAGGAGACCUCUCUGACUAACACCAUGGGCGGGUACAAGGAAAGCUUCAGCAGCAUCAUGUGUUUUGGGUGUCACGACAUCUACUCACAGGCCAGCCUGGGGAUGGACAUCCAUGCAUCAGAUCUGAACCUCCUGACCCGGAGGAAACUUAGUCGCCUGCUGGACCCGCCCGAUCCUAUGGGGAAGGACUGGUGCCUUCUCGCCAUGAACUUGGGCCUUCCUGAUCUUGUGGCAAAGUACAACACCAAUAAUGGGGCUCCCAAGGAGUUCCUCCCAAGCCCAGUCUAUGCCCUGCUCCGGGAAUGGACCUCCUAUCCCGAGAGCACAGUUGGCAUCCUUAUGUCCAAACUGCGGGAGCUGGGGCGCCGGGAUGCGGCAGACUUCCUACUGAAGGCGUCCUCUGUGUUCAAAAUCAACCUCGAUGGCAAUGGCCAGGAGGCCUAUGCCUCAAGCUGCAACAGUGGCACAUCUUAUAAUUCCAUUAGCUCGGUCGUGUCCAGGUGAGGGCAGCUUUGGCUUGGGCAGGGUGUCUUCAAACUGCAGAAGCAAGGGGGAUGUAGCCCAUCUUUCCCAUCAGAGAUUAUUCCGGGUGUAUCCCUUCCUAUACCCACGUUCCGAAGGACAACACCCUCCCUCCCACCUCACCUAUUUCUCUGCUACUCCCUCCCUCCCUCUCACACAUCCCAUUGUGAGCGAAUGGUCUUUCUAGUUUAAGAGCUGACCAUAUCCUUUCCUGUGGCCAUUCGAAAAGCUAAUGUCUCUCCUCUCCAUGUUCUGGACUCCAUCUGUCAGCCUCUAGUACCUUGCUUCUUACUGAUAAUUUUACUGGAACU